CUCCGGCUUUGUCCUCCCCGGAGCCCUCUGCCCGCGCCGUGGAGACCCCGGAGUCCCGGUGCCCGCGCCCCGCAGCCGCCCUGGCCCAGGACGGCUGGGAUCUCGGGCGGGGUCCGCCGAGCUGCGUCAAGGGAGGAGGACCCAGGCCUCGCGGCGCCUCCGUCAGUCCAGCCCCAGGGAGCUCAAGCACUGCAGGAGCUGAAGAUGAUGAGCUCUGUGGCCCCCUAUGAGCAGCUGGCCCGGCAGGUGGAGGCCUUGAAGGCCGAGAACAGUCACCUGAGGCAGGAGCUGCGGGACAACUCCAGCCACCUGUCCAAGCUGGAGACGGAGACGUGUGGCAUGAAGGAGGUCCUGAAGCAUUUGCAGGGCAAGCUGGAGCAGGAGGCCCGGGUGCUGGUGUCCUCGGGGCAGACUGAGGUGUUGGAGCAGCUGAAAGCCCUACAGAUGGACAUCACCAGCCUGUACAACCUCAAGUUCCAGCCCCCAGCCCUGGACCCUGAGCCCACUGCCCAGACCCCUGAGAAGAGUCCAGUGCACAGCUCUGGGCCUUCCAAGGACAGCUUUGGGGAGCUGAGUCGGGCCACCAUCCGGCUGCUGGAGGAACUGGACCGGGAGAGGUGUUUCCUGCUGAGCGAGAUUGAGAAAGAGGAGAAGGAGAAGCUCUGGUAUUACUCGCAGUUGCAGGGCUUGUCCAAGCGCCUGGACGAGCUCCCGCACGUAGAGACGCAGUUCUCGAUGCAGAUGGACCUGAUCCGCCAGCAGCUGGAGUUCGAGGCCCAGCACAUCCGCGCGCUGAUGGAGGAGCGCUUCGGCACCUCGGACGAGAUGGUGCAGCGCGCACAGAUCCGAGCCUCACGCCUGGAGCAGAUCGACAAGGAGCUGCUGUCGGCACAGGACCUGGUGCAGCAGACGGAGCCCCAGGCCCUUCUAGCCGUGAAGCCCAUGCAGGUGGAUGAAGACCCUGAGACUGAGGUUCCCACACACCCUGAGGAUGGCGCCCCUCAGCCCGGCAACAGCAAGGUGGAGGUGGUCUUCUGGCUGCUGUCCAUGCUGGCAACACGUGACCAGGAGGACACUGCUCGCACGCUGCUGGCUAUGUCCAGCUCCCCCGAGAGCUGCGUCGCCAUGCGCCGCUCGGGUUGCCUGCCGCUGCUGCUGCAGAUCCUGCAUGGCACGGAGGCGGGGUCCGGGGAUGGCCACGGGACUUCCGGGGCAGCAGGAGCCAAGGAUGCACGCAUGCGCGCCAAUGCAGCUUUGCACAACAUCGUCUUCUCGCAGCCAGACCAGGGCCUGGCACGCAAAGAGAUGCGUGUUCUGCACGUGUUGGAGCAGAUCCGGGCCUACUGCGAGACCUGCUGGGACUGGCUGCAGGCGCAGGACGGUGGGCCGGAGGGUGGAGGAUCAGGCGGCGCCCCGGUCCCCAUGGAGCCCCAGAUCUGCCAGGCCACCUGUGCUGUGAUGAAGCUGUCCUUCGACGAGGGGUACCGGCGGGCCAUGAAUGAGCUGGGCGGGCUGCAGGCCGUGGCGGAGUUACUGCAGGUGGACUACCAGAUGCACAAGAUGACCCGAGACCCCCUCACGCUGGCUCUGCGCCGCUACGCGGGCAUGACGCUCACCAACCUCACCUUCGGGGACGUUGCCAACAAGGCCACGCUGUGCGCACGCCGGGGCUGCAUGGAGGCCAUCGUGGCCCAGCUGGCCUCUGAGAGCGAGGAGCUCCACCAGGUGGUGUCCAGCAUCCUGCGGAACCUGUCCUGGCGGGCUGACAUCAACAGCAAGAAGGUGCUGCGGGAGGUCGGCAGCAUGACCGCCCUGAUGCAGUGUGUCCUGCGGGCCUCCAAGGAGUCCACCUUGAAAAGCGUGCUGAGCGCCCUGUGGAACCUCUCGGCGCACAGCACCGAGAACAAGGCGGCCAUCUGCCAGGUGGAGGGGGCCCUGGGCUUCCUGGUGAGCACGCUGACCUACAAGUGCCAGAGCAACUCGCUGGCCAUCAUCGAGAGCGGCGGCGGCAUCCUGCGCAAUGUGUCCAGCCUCAUCGCCACUCGCGAGGACUACAGGUGGCGCUGAAUAACGCUUGUGCUCACGGUGGCUCUAAAACUGGGAUGCCACCCAGAAAGUCAGCAUGGCCCCCACAAGGAUGAGGCCAAAUCUGUGAAGUGGCCCAUAUUUUUAUCCCUUACAUAGCGAAAAAACUGCCUUAAUAAUAAGAUAAAAGAGGGUCCUCCCUGGUGGUGCAAUGGCUUAAAGCGCAGCACUAGGAA